AAAGGAAGUGCCCAGCGGCGGUGAGACCGGUGCCCUCACCAUGUGGACUUUCCUGGGCAUCGCCUCCUUCGUCUACGUGUACAAGAAGUGCGGGGACCUGAUGACUUACGCCAACAAGGAGGUGCUGCUCUCCGUGCUCGUCUUCUUCUCCCUCGGCCUGCUGCUCUCGCACCGGUACCGCUUCCGAGGGCCCAAGCAGCAGCAGCAGCGGCAGAGGUCCCACCUGGGGGUCCUUUCCAACGGGCUCGCUGCCCUGCCGCUCGUUGGCUUCUUCUGGGCCAAACCCUCCCCAGGGGCUCAGCGGCUCCAACAGCCCAAAUCCCCAAAGGGCAGAAGAGAAGUAAACUUCAUAGACUUACAUAUGACAGAGACUGCUACAAAUACAACAUUAUCACCUCAAUAUGAUCCAGAAAUUAUCAUUGUGGGUUCAGGUGUUCUUGGUUCUUCUUUGGCCACGGUGCUCUCGAGGGAUGGAAGAAAGGUGACUGUCAUAGAGAGGGAUCUGAAAGAACCUGACAGGAUAGUUGGAGAACUGUUACAACCUGGAGGUUUUAAUGCCCUUAAAGACUUGGGUCUUGAAGAUGCAGUGGAAGGUAUCGAUGCACGAGUAGUAAAUGGCUACAUAAUUCAUGACAUAGAGAGCCAGUCGGAGGUUGAAAUUCCUUAUCCAACAUCUGAAGAUGGCCACGUGGUUAGUGGGAGGUCAUUUCAUCAUGGCCACUUCAUCAUGGGGCUCCGAAGGGCAGCUAUGGCAGAACCAAAUGCAAAAUUCAUUGAAGGCACCGUGUUACAGUUGCUUGAGGAAGAGGACUGUGUAGUGGGUGUGCAGUACAAGGACAAAGAAACUGGAGACAUUAAGGAGCUCCAUGCACCACUUACUGUUGUUGCUGAUGGACUUUUCUCCAAGUUUAGGAAAAAUUUGAUCUCCAACAAAGUUACUGUUUCAUCCCAUUUUGUUGGCUGCAUAUUGAAGGAUACACCACAGUUCAAAGCUAAUUAUGCUGAACUUGUUUUAGCUAAAGCUGGUCCAGUACUAAUCUAUCAGAUUUCUUCAACUGAGACUCGGGUCCUUGUUGAUAUUCGAGGGGAUAUGCCAAAAAAUUUAAAAGAAUACAUGCUUGAGAACAUUCAUCCACAACUACCUGAGCACCUAAAGGAACCAUUCUUAAUAGCAGUUCAGAAUGAUCGCUUGAGGACUAUGCCAGCAAGCUUCUUGCCUCCUUCAGCUGUAAACAAAAAAGGAGUUCUUCUUUUAGGAGAUGCAUAUAAUAUACGGCACCCUCUAACUGGUGGAGGAAUGAGCGUUGUUUUAAACGAUGUCAAAAUCUGGAGAAGUUUGCUGCAGAAUAUUCCAGACCUUUAUGAAGAUUCCGAUGUUCUCCAGGCAAAAAAGACAUUUUACUGGUCAAGGAAAAAGUCUCAUUCUUUUGUAGUGAAUGUUCUUGCCCAAGCCCUAUAUGAACUUUUUGCUGCCACAGAUGAUUCCGUGCAUCAGCUGAAGAAGGCCUGUUUCCAUUACUUCCGACUGGGCGGCGAGUGUGUCACGGGCCCCGUUGGGCUGCUCUCUGUGUUAUCUCCUAAACCAAUGGUCCUGAUUGGCCACUUCUUUGCUGUGGCCUUAUAUGCUGUUUAUUUUUGCUUUAAAUCCGAGUCCUGGAUCACCAAACCUCGAGCGUUCCUCAGCAGCAGCGCUGUCCUCUACCGCAGCUGCUCCAUAAUAUUCCCACUUAUUUACUCUGAAAUGAAAUGCUUAGUCUAUUAAAUGGAAAUGGGGGAAAUGACUGAAGGAAGAAGACACGAAAAUCACGAUGCCUUUAAAAUCUUUGGACAUGUACAGUUUCACAUUGCAUUAUGUGCUCUUCUC